AUGUCCGCCCAAGCACCGCCGCCGCCGGGCGCACCGCCCGUCCAGCUCCAACCCGGCCAGCAGCCCACCCCCGAGCAGAUUCGCGCCAUGCAGCAGCAACUCGCCGCCGAAGCGGAAAAGGCGGGUCUUACUGUCCCGCAGUACGUCGAGAAGAUGAAGGCGCAGAUGAUGCGCCAGGCCCAGAUGCAGCAACAACAGCAGCAACAGCAGCAGCAGCAGCAGGCUCAGCAGCAACAACAACACGCCAACGGCCCGCAAGGCGCGCAGCCCGGCCAGCAGGUCCCCAUCGCGCCCGGCCCGCCCAAGCCGGAGGCCAUUGCCAUCGCCAACUUCCUCCGCGGGCAAGACCUCAAGAUGCGCACGUGCAUCUUCCAGCAGCAGCGCAAGGACAUGUUCAAGGUCAAGCGCGCCAUCCGCGUCCUCCAGUCCGACGCCUACGCCAAGGCCCGCAAGAAGAACCCGCUCCUGCCCGAGGUCAAGGACCGAGUCACCGCCGAGAACACGUUCAAGCAGCUGCCCAUGUCCCUCCUCGCCCUCCGCGUCAGCAAGGUCGACCCCCACGAGGGCCACGACCACGGCAAGAAGAAGCGCGUCAAGGGCCUGUGGACCGUCAAGGUCGAGCCGCAGCAGGAAGCCGCCGACGAGUUCUACUACGUCUGGCUGUACGAGGGUUCGCAGUGGAAGAACAAGCUCUACGCCGUCGGUGCGCUCGUCCUCAUUCUCGCAGUCGUCUUCUUCCCCGUCUGGCCCUACCGGCUGCGCAUCGGCGUGUGGUACCUCAGUAUGGGCAUGCUGGGCUUGCUCGGUCUCUUCUUCGCCAUGGCCAUCUUCCGUCUGAUCCUCUUCGUCAUCACCGUCUUCGCCGUCCCGCCCGGACUCUGGCUGUACCCUAACCUAUUCGAGGAUGUCGGCUUCUUCGAUUCAUUCAAGCCGCUUUGGGCGUGGCACGAGAGCGAGAAGGAGAUGAAGAAGAGGAAGAAGCAAGAGCGCGAGAGGAAGAAGGCGCGCCGAGAGGCCAAGGCAGAUGGACAGUCGAAGGAAGAGAAGAAGGCUGCAAAGGCGGAGAAGAAGGAAGGUGCAAAGAAGCAAGAGCCCGAGAUUUCGAAACCUGUGACGGCAAGUGCGACAGGGACUGAGAGUGUACCGUCGGAUGGGAAUGUGAGCGUGCAGCAGCGGAAUUUGAGUGCAAGAGUCGAAGAGGUGGAAGAGGAUUGA